ACUACAUAAGUUAACAGAACGAGUUCAGUAGGAGUGCGCGCAGCGGUAAAUCAACGAGAAUAUUUGUUUCUGUUUAGUGUCGUAAUACUUUAGAUUUAUACCGGUUUUUACAGCCUUUAACUGCUCGUCCUUUCAUUUCACAUAAACGCACCGUGAGUUUGACGCUGUGAUUUCCUGCUAAUUGUUAGCAGGCGCCGUAGACUGUAGCUAAACUUGUAGCUGCUGUUUAUUUUAGCAUCAGGAGCUAAAGUACAUCCAACCAGUGGGAAGCAGCUGUUGAUGUGAGUAAAUCCAGAGAGAGAGGUGACCAACCAUGACUUCACUGGGGAGCAGCAGUUCCUCAGCCACAGAAUACACUGUGCGAGUCCCCAAAAACACCAGCAAGAAGUACAACAUCAUGGCUUUCAAUGCAGGAGACCGAGUCAACUGUUCAGCAUGGACACAGGCUCGUAUGGAGAGAGACAUGAGUGCCCGGCGGAUAUACGGGGAGGAAGAGACACCGGAGGGUGCAGCUGGGAGUGAGUUUGGCAAAAAGCAGCGUGAGGAAGCACGGCGGAAGAAGUUUGGUAUUGUGACACGUGAGUUUAAAGUGGAGGAUCAGCCCUGGAUUCUCAAGGUCAAUGGCAAGGCUGGCAAGAGGUUCAAAGGUUUAAAGAAGGGCGGUGUUACAGAAAAUGCAUCCUACUACAUCUUUACACAGUGUCCUGACGGAGCUUUUGAGGCCUUCCCUGUUCAUGGCUGGUACAACUUUACACCACUAGCCAAGCACCGAACUCUCACCGCAGAGGAGGCUGAGGAAGAGUGGGGCAGGAGGAACAAGGUAGUGAAUCACUUCAGCAUCAUGCUCCAGAGGCGCCUUCGGGAGCAGGAGCGCGGCGAAGAUGAGGAAGAUGAGACAGAGAAGUCGGGGAAGAAGAAAAAGAAAGGGGGCGGUGGCAGAGGGGGCGACCUGCGUAUUCACGACCUGGAAGAUGACCUGGAGAUGAGCAGCGACGACAGCGACAGCAGUAUGGGGGAAGACGGAGAGAGCAAGACAAAGGCGAAGAAAGACACAGGGAAAGGAAAAGCAAAGAAGAAGAAGAAAAAGGGCAAUGAGAAUGAGGCCUUGGAAGACAGCGAUGAUGGCGACUACGAGGGUCUAGAGGUGGAUUACAUGUCGGAUGAAAGCAGUUCAGACGAAGAGCCAGAAAAGGGAAAGCCCAGCAAAGGAGAAGAUCUCCCUAAAGGGAUCGAUGAGGCAUCCGAAAGCGAGGAGGAGAGUGAGGAGGAGAAGCAGAAUGACGAGGAAGCAAAAGAGGAGGAGGAGGAGGAGGAAGGAAAGAAAACCCCAGUCCAGGUGGAAAAGAAGAAGAAAAAAGACAGCAGCGGAGAGUCGGACAGCUCAGACGACAGCGACAUCGAGGGAGAGACGGCCUCUGCUUUGUUCAUGAAGAAGCGCACUCCUCCCAAACGCGGAGGCGGGCGCGGCUCCGCAGGCAGCUCCAGGACCGGCAGCCGUCCUGGGACGCCAUCCAUAGACUCUGCCUCCACCUCCAAUACACUCCGUGCUGCAGCCAGCAAGCUAGAGCAAGGUAAGAGACAGCCUCAGGGUCCGGGCACUGACUCACCAGCUGCCAAAAGGCUGAAGAUGGAGCCCAGCAGUCAGAGCCCUGUUCCCUCUGGGAAGAGUACACCUCAACCUCCCUCAGGAAAAUCCACCCCCAGCUCAAGUGAUGUGCAGCUAACAGAGGAGGCAGUCCGGCGCUACCUGAUCCGUAAACCGAUGACCACCAAAGACCUGCUGAAGAAGUUCCAGACCAAGCGCACAGGUCUGAGCAGCGAGCAGACCGUCAAUGUGCUGGCGCAGAUCCUGAAGCGCCUCAACCCAGAGCGCAAGAACGUUAACGACAAAAUGCACUUCUACCUCACCGAAUAACUGAAGGAGGCGAGGGGCGGAGAGCGAAGGACUAAAGGUGAACACUCUUCAGGUGAAAGGUUUUGGUGUUUUUGUAAACCAUAGCCCCUGGAAGAGAGGUUUGUGUCCAUUUUAAAACAGCUUGUGUUUUGGCAUGCCACAGGAUCAGAGGUUGAAGCUGUCUUCACAGGUGGCAUUUAUCAAGAGGUAUUUUGUUAAGCAUCUUGAAUUUGUUUUGCAUAGUCUGAAAUCUCACAUUAAAUAACAGAAACUUUGUAAAUGUUGAGUGAAAAACAGGCUCAAUCUCUAUGAUUUCUCUCCACGUGUAAACAGUUAAAACUUAGAACUUGAUAAAUGGAGAGAAAAGUCUUUAACAGUGUUUUUCCUAGGUAGAAGGUUUUCUAAUAAAAUGUAAAAUGUG